AUGGUUGCUACUUUGCUCAGCCUUUCGUUUCGCGCCCCGGCUCCUUCCAACCUUGAGGUCGAGAUGUCUCCGCCUUCCUCUUCGUCUUCUUCUUCCUCAUCUUCUUCUUCAUCGUCUUCUUCUUCUGGGGGUCCGGGGGUUGAGGUUGUUAGCUCGUCUUCAAGUGGCGUGACCUUGGGGGCCACCGGGGGUUUUGCUGUACUUGAAACCCUCAAGUCGUGGCAUGAUGUAGACUCGAUGGUGACCGAGGAACUUCUAAGGCGAUUCAGGAUCGCUAUCCCGAAGUUUAUGGAAAUCAGGGAGAUGAUCGAGGAGUGGAUGGUUGAGGCGGGACUGAGCCCAGCCACUGGGGAGAUGGUAGACCUCCAGUCGGUGAAGAGGACGCCUCAUGCCAAGGUCAUCGCGUCACCAUCUCGGAGUGGUGAGGGUUCUAGUGCCGAGAGCACCUCAUGGAGGGGCACGCCAAGGAGGACGUCGGGGUCUCCGGAGGCAGGUUGCCCGCAGAAGAGGGCGAAAACUAAGACCCGAAAGAUGUACGCAAGCUCGGCCGCUCGUGAGAGUUCUGCCCCGAGGUCAUCGGGGGCUACUUCCCAAGAGAUCUUGGAGCUGAAGAGCGAAUCUGGCCCGGAGGCCGUCACCAUAGCCGAGCAGCGUGCCUCGGUCCUGGACGAGGAGGUGGCUCAUCUGAAGGCCAAGCUGGAGGAAAGCCGAGCCCACGAGGUUCUGAAGGAGGAGCGCUUAGCGCUGCCCAAGAAGAUCAACGGAGCGAUCGCCGAAUACAAGUCGUCCCCAAGGUUCGAGUGUGGCCUGGUUAGGUCAGGGCAGGUGACGUAUUAG